UCCGCGCGCAGGCUCCCGGCGCCGGCGCUUCCGGGUUGGCGGCGGCGUCGCGGGGACCCCAGUCCGGGGGGGGGCGCAGGAACCCCGGCGGCCGGUUCUGCGGAGCGGGGCGCCAGGGCGGCCCCGGCGGGAGUGCUCCCGCCAGGCUGCAGGGUGGGCCGGGCGCCCCGAGAGGCAAAAUGGUUAAAAAUGCGUGAAAUCGAGACAUUGUAGUUCCCACUCUAAUCUGUGCAACUGUGGAAAGUUAGUGCUGGGAAAGGACUUUCAAGAUGGUUGAUUCCCAUUCCUUAAUUUUACAGAGGAGAAAACAGACCCCGGAGAAGUAGCGUGGAUGUUGGAAAGUCACCUAGCUAGGUAACGGUAUGACAGGGAUGAGAGUCGCGGUCUCAGUUUGCUUCACGCUUCUUGGCCUCUACAGAAAAUGGCAGAAACGUCAUCAGAGCCUUCUGGGCAGCUCGUUGUACACUCAGACACUCACAGCGACACUGUUCUGGCCAGUUUUGAGGAUCAGCGGAAGAAAGGCUUUCUCUGUGACAUCACGUUAAUCGUGGAGAAUGUGCAUUUCCGGGCUCACAAAGCCUUACUCGCGGCCAGUAGUGAAUACUUCUCAAUGAUGUUUGCUGAAGAGGGGGAGAUCGGCCAGUCCAUUUACAUGCUGGAAGGCAUGGUUGCCGACAUAUUUGGUAUCCUGCUGGAGUUCAUCUACACGGGUUGUCUCCAGGCCAGCGAGAAAAGCACAGAACAAAUUCUGGCCACUGCUCAGUUCUUAAAGGUCUAUGACCUGGUAAAGGCUUACACAGAUUUUCAGAAUAAUCACAGCUCCCCAAAGCCAACGCCUCUGAACACCGUUGGCGCUCCGGUGGUGGUGAUUUCUAAUAAGAAAAAUGGUCCUCCGAAACGGAAGCGGGGGAGACCGAGAAAAGUCAACAGUGGGCAGGAGGGGAAAUCACAACUGGCUGCCGAGGAAGAAAUACAGCUGAGAGUAAACAAUUCAGUUCAAAAUAGACACAACUUUGUGGUGAAAGAGGCAGAUGGUGGCACACUGAAUGAACAGAUUCCGGUGAAAGAUCUGGAAGAGCCCGAGCCCGCCUGUGAGCCGGGCAGAGGGGAGGAAAUGCCUGCUGAGAAAGACGAGAACUGUGAUCCCAAGACCCAGGAUGGGCAGGACAGCAAGAGUCGGUACAGCAAGCGGAGGAUUCAGAGGUCCGUCAAGCUUAAAGAUUACAAACUUGGCGGGGAUGAAGACGAGCAGAGUUCAGCCAAAAGGGUCUGUGGAAGAAGAAGGCGCCCGGGGGGCCCUGAGGCCUGUUGUAAGGACUGUGGCAAAGUGUUUAAGUACAAUCACUUUUUGGCAGUCCACCAGAGGAGCCACACGGGGGAGCGACCUUUCAAGUGUAAUGAGUGCGGAAAAGGCUUUGCCCAGAAGCACUCCCUGCAGGUCCACACCCGGAUGCACACAGGCGAGCGGCCCUACACCUGCACCGUGUGCGGCAAGGCUCUCACCACCAAGCACUCGCUGCUGGAGCACAUGAGCCUGCAUUCAGGACAGAAGUCUUUCACCUGUGAUCAGUGUGGAAAAUAUUUCAGCCAGAAAAGGCAACUAAAGAGCCAUUACCGAGUUCAUACAGGCCACUCAUUACCGGAAUGCAACCACUGCCAUCGCAAGUUCAUGGACGUGUCUCAGCUAAAGAAACAUCUACGAACACACACAGGUGAGAAGCCAUUUACUUGUGAAAUCUGUGGCAAAUCUUUCACAGCAAAGAGUUCUCUUCAGACCCACAUCAGAAUCCAUAGAGGAGAGAAGCCCUACUCCUGUGGCAUAUGUGGCAAGUCCUUCUCGGACUCCAGUGCCAAGAGGAGACACUGCAUUCUGCACACGGGCAAAAAGCCUUUCUCCUGCCCGGAGUGUAACCUGCAGUUCGCGCGCUUGGACAACCUGAAGGCUCACUUGAAAAUCCACAGCAAAGAGAAGCCCGCGUCAGAUGCCCCCAGCGGUCCUAACACUGAGGAGGUCAGGAAUAUUCUCCAGCUGCAGCCGUAUCAGCUCGCGGCCUCCGGAGAGCAGGAAAUCCAGCUUCUCGUCACCAAUUCUGUACACAACAUCAACUUCAUGCCGGGCCCCAGCCAGGGAAUCAGCAUCGUUGCCGCGGAGGGCUCUCCGAACUUGGCGGCCGAGCAGGCUGCCGACCUGGCCCUGCUCACGCAGCCACCGCAGCCGCUGCAGAACUUCCUUCUCUCCGCCCCGCAGGAGCCCACGGAGCACAUGCAGGGCCUCAGUGUGAUCGAGAGCCCGCUGGAGCCCGCGCAGACCGAGCCGGUGCACGUAAUCACGCUCUCCAAGGAAACCCUGGAGCAUCUGCACGCGCAGCGGGGGCAGACCGCGGAGCUGCCCUUGGCAGGUGCGCCGGACCCCGCUCCUCACCUGCCCCUGCCGCUGCCGCCGGCCCCGCCCACCGCCCACGUGCCCCCGCCCGCCCCGCUGAGCCCGGACCGAAGCUGACCUGACCUGGAC